CGAAUCAUGCCACUGUAAACUCCCCGAAGUGCACGUGCGCGUGCCUGUCUUUUGCCACAUACGACGAUGUAAAAUUACUCCGCGCACGUGUACCGAGCUAUAUAGGGCCUGACGUCUUUACAGCCGUUGUCAGUCUUACACGUGGAGAGGUGAGGAUUACGUUCCGGUGUUGGAGAAGAGGAAACAAGAUGGGCGUAUCAACAUGGCUAGCUAUCGUGGCGUGUGUCUUUGUGAUACAAGAAAGUGCAGGGUUCGAACGCCAGAGGAUCACCGCGAUUGCGAAGAUGGUAGGACGAAGAUUGGCGAAGAAACAAAAUCGUGUCGUGCCCUCGGUCAACCCGACAAUGUGGACACCAUCACCAACCUCGUACCCUACACACAACCCCACCGUUUACCCUACACACAACCCUACCGUUAACCCUACACACAACCCUACCGUUAACCCUACACACAACCCUACCGUUAACCCUACACACAACCCCACCGUUAACCCUUCCACUCCCCACCCCAUCAACUUCUACCAACACUGGGUGGACUGUCCCGUAAUGGAGAGCAUCCUCGAAGAAUACUUCCACGGAUUUCCCAACAUCCUGAUGCCAAAGGAUAACAUGCACAUUUCGCCCGAUGAGGUCGGACAUGUGCUGAACAGGUCGAUGUCCGCGUUUGAUUACCUGAAGAACGUCAGAGUUGCUUUAGAUCUGAUGGUUGGGGACAUGGCCCACCUCGUCCUAGACAAGCGUGUCAACUGUACCUCCACCAUGUAUCAGAGGGUGUUCGUCUAUUAUAUGAGGAAACGGUUGGACACGAUGAUGGCGUCACAUGACUCUUCACUGAAAAGCCGUAUCGAACAACUACUUCACCGAUACUUUCCAAACAAGCCGGAGAUUCUCGGCAUGGCGACAGAACUAGUGUGGGGAGUCCAUUACGUCAUCCACGAGUCCUUUAUAGAAAUCUUGAUGGAAGAAGAGUUCAAAAGUCUUGGUUGGUUCCUGCGAGGCUACAGAUGGAAAAUGACGUCCUUUAUGGAGCGAUACCACCGCGGCGAAUUCACAACCAUCAAUGACGUCAUCUUAAUGAUGCAAAACGAUUUCUUCAACACAGAAAUGACCAUGUACCCCGACGCCUUCCGCUGUACAUCUCCCAAAAAAUUUAUCCAGAUGCAUCGGCGGGCUGCUAAUUGGACUGCAACAUAUUAUUGGCAGGCCCAGAAGUCCGGCCUGGCUGUUGCUUUCCUCACAAAUCACCUUCAGGAAGCUUUCUCUAAAAAUCCUUCAACUGCUACCCUCGACCCCAUGGUUAUUGACGACGUUAUCCAGAAAAUCACGCAUGUCAUCUUUCAGUACAUAAACAACACAAUGGGGGAACUGGCUCGAUACGAGGGAUACCUGGCGUCGGCGACAUUGUCUCCCCCAACCUUCAUGGCGAACAAUUUGACCGGGCCUCAGUGGAAUAUGACUAUGGUGCUCUUCAACCGGAUGUUUGGAAACUCGCCCACCCAGUUCCCUCCAGUGAAUCCAAGUAAUGGUCCCGGAUUAACCCCACAAGAAAUUAUGAAGCAUCUUCGGAGCGACAUCGAUAAUCUCAAGAAAAUCCAAACGAAGAUCCCAACAGCUUGUACGUCCAGUGAAGGAUUCAGCAUGAUAAAUCCGACCCUGGCCACUAUGAUCCUGGAGAAAGAGAAUCUGAUGGCUCUCAUCAACGCCCCGCACACUUAUGGUGGAUACUAAUGGCUUACUGGGAUUUGUUAAUUCUUGUUGUAUAACGAAGUUGAGUUUCGUUUACUUUUGACAAUUGUUUCUUGUUACAUUUAUGCAUAAUAAAAUUUUAACGCAA